AUGGUCCCAUAUCUGCCAUCACUCACCUCGUCUCGACAUUCCCUCACUUCAAUGACUGUCAUUGUCUCUGCGAUCAUGCUGCUGCCUCUCUCGUUAGCUGCGGCUCAAAGCACCACCACUACUGGUACAGCCCGUUCAACCACUACGACAACAGCAACAACAGCAAAGACCAGCACUGCCAAUACCGGAUUGGAAGCUACACCCUCACUGACUAUCUAUACUGUGCCAACCUUGACAGCGUGUGACGAGUUCCGCGUUCAAUGGGCGCUAUCCAACGAGGAUCCAGUGUUUCAAAUCAUUGACAUGCAAGUCGUCAACAUUGAUGUACCCCAGUCCAUCCCUUCUUCUUCCUCAACCACCGCUACAUCUACCACAUCAUCAACCGCUGCAAAGACCACGGCUACAUCGGCCAAAACCACCACUACCACCACCGCCGCCACGUCGUCUGCCAAGACUGUCAGUAAUCUCAGGGAGCGAGCCGUUCUCGAGCCUCGUGUGCAGAUCAACGAUACGAUCACUACCCAAACCGCCGCAGUCGGCUACUCUUGGAUCGUGGAUGUACCUCAAGGUAGAUACUAUUUCCUAGGUCUCAUAGGCGACAGCUUUGGUACACACGCCACCAGUAAUAUCUUCUCGGUCAUUGAGGGCUCCAACACGAGCUGCCUAGCGACCUUUCCUUCGGAGUCUUCGUCUACCUCCUCUGCCUCAUCAGCGACUUCCACAUCCGCAACAAGCGCCAGGACCUCCUCGUCAUCAUCGUCAACCUCCAUCGUCCCGACGAGCUCGACGACGGCAGGUAUUGCAGGAGCCAACGCUUCGGAUUCUGGCAACAGCGGUGGAGGAAUAUCUGGCGGAGCCAUCGCCGGGAUCGUUGUCGGCGCGAUUCUCAUCUUGCUCCUUGUCGGCGGAUGCCUCUUCUGGCGAAGAAGGCGAAAUGCCAGGCGCAACGACCCGUUCGGUGGAGGAGAGAAGACGGAUACGGGAAAUGAACGUGGGCGUGGAGAUCCCGUAGGCGCAUAUCAAUUGAGAUCCACGGACGGGGACAGCCACACCGCCAUCGAUGUGGAGAAGGACCAUCAAGCGAGCAUUGCAUCCGAGUCAGCACAUGGACAUCAGACUCCCAACAUCCUUUUGGGCGAUCUUGGAGGGAGAUUCGACCGUUUUCCUCGUCCCUCGGCAUCUGAUGAAAACCAUCAUCAAGAUCCAUUCUUUACGCCUCCCAGCCCACCGUCAAGCGAUGAAGCGUACGGCGGGUUCGUGACUCCUCCCGUCUUUGGCGAUGACUCGGACGAUCAUCACGAUGGUCGCAGAGCGUCUGAAUUGCCGCCUGGAGCCUCGCACGCUAUCGAAGGACAGCGUACGAGAUCCAUGUCACAUCCUGCAGAGGGAAAUUUGGGCCUCUUGAAGCAGAGUGCAUCAGGGUCAACCCUCAGUGCAGUCGUUAGAAGUGGAUCCAAACGGGCACGUAAACCCGUGCCUAGUCUCGGAGCGGAGCUCAGAGGACAAAUGAAAGAUGAAGAUCGACAGAGGAGAGUCUCAGCGAAUGGACUGGGAGAUUUGACCGGACCGAGAGAGUCAUCUCAAAAAGCCAGUUUCCAAAUCAUGCCGGAUCCACCCAUGGCACCACAUUCAUGA